AUGGACGGCGCCGCCACCCAGGUGGUCUCAUUCGCCUGGAACCUGUUCCGCAAGGCCGCGGUCUCCAGGCUGGAGGAGUGCGACGACCUCCGUGGUCUGCUGCUCUCGGAAUUCGACGUCGUGGAGGGCCACCUCAAGGCGCUGCGCAAGUCCAAGCUGGAGCUGGCCGUCUCCAAGGCGCGCCUGGCGGUCGACCUGCUGUCCUUUGGCACCGUGGACGCCGAUCGGAUCGGGCUGGAGUGCCGGGCGGGGCGCGACGCGGCCGAGGAGGCCUUCGGCGUGGCGGCCGACUUCGACGACCAGGUCCUGGCGACCAAGGUGGCGAUCACAUGCUGCGUGGCGGACCCCACCCUGUCCAGGGAUCCCCCUCUUUGCGCCCGGUACGUGGGUCACCACCUGCGCAGACUGCACGCGCUGCCCGCGGUGGAGUCCGCCCUUGAUGACGCGGGGCCCGGAAUGGUGAGCCGGAUGCUCGGCGCCGCCAGGAAGCGCGAGGCCGUGGCGCGGUGCGUGAGGGACCUGGGGGACGGCGUGCUGACGCACUUUGGCGGCGGGGGGGGGCUGAGGACCGGCAGGCGGUUCACGGGCGCCUGGGUGGACGACGAGAAGUACUUCAAGAGGGAGGGGCACGCGCUGGAGCUCGAGGGGGUGUGCUGGCUGGACGUGGGGGUCGAGUUCGAGGGCGUGCCAGCGGGGUGCUUCCUGCCCGCGCUGUGCAUGCGGCGAAUGACCGAGGGCGCGCCGCUGGAGGGGAUACAGGUGCAGGUGGCGGUGAACGCGGAGGUGGUUUGCGAGAGGGCGCUGGAGGAGGUCGUGGGGAGUUGGGCCGUGGGCGAGAGUGAUUGGUUCGCAAUGGAGCCGGUGCGGUUGCAGGCGGUGUGCAGCGAUGUGGGCAUCAGGGUCGUCAACCACUCGGACUCGUGGAAGUCCGGCAUCAGAUUCGAGUACGCGUGGCUGUGCAGGGGCCCGGAGCUGGGCGCGGGGGAGCUGGCUCGCCUGGACGCCAUCCUGCCGCCGCUGAAGGAGAAGUGCUCGGUCUGUUUUGCCGCCUGA